CUACAUCUGGCUGCGAAAACAUUGAGCUGCAACACACACUGCGCCGAACGUCCAGCUCUGUGAGUUUUGUUUGAUAAUAUAAUGCUUGUGACAUCGAUGACUGCUGGGCAAUUGGAAUGGAUAGCUGAUGAAAGGUUUUAAGCAGGUGCUAUUUGCCAUUUUUGCGGAUCACCGAUACAACUGGACCCAAAGGAUUGAUAAUAUUAUGCUUGUGACACCGAUGACUGCUGGGCAAUUGGAAUGGAUAGCUGAUGAAAGGUUUUAAGCAGGUGUUAUUUGCCAUUUUUGCGGAUCGCCGAUACAACUGGACCCAAAGGAGUAAGAACCGGGCUAUGGGGCAUUGAGAUGGUUAUUGGAAUCCGGAUCUACCACAUUGCUGAUGGUUGGAAACAGAUAUGCAGUCCUUCUCUGACUCAGUAAAUGAUACGCAGCUGCAGGAGAUGAGUAACAACACAACAGAUUCCCCGGCGGAGUUCGGAAGCAUAGUGUUCCACAGAUACAGUACUGCUGAACUUCUUGAAACCUUCGCCCCUCUUGGGCCAUUGUCAGAAAAGUUUAUCCCCCCUUUGUGGUACGCUAUUGGCUUUGUGUGUAAUCCAGCCUCUGCGGUGAUAUGGCUUGGACGUCGUAUGAGGCGAAACAACUCAUCAGCUAUCUACCUUGGAGCACUAUCUAUCUCGGACUUAAUAUUCUUGUUUCUGCAUCUGCUGUACACUCUCCACGUAGCGUGGGGCUAUCGGACGUAUAACACAUCCGCAGCCUCGUGUGCGAUCUUCAUGUUCUUUUAUUACACCCCACAGUACCUGAGCACUCUCUUGGUUCUUGGAUUUACAGUUGAGAGGUAUGUAGCCGUGUGUCAUCCUUUUCAAAAGGAGAAGUGGUGCACUGUCAGGCGUGCUUGUGGCAUAGUUUGUGUUCUGUUAUUUUUCUCUGCGGCUGUAGCGUCGGCUCAGAUAUACAUUUGGACAUAUGCUCCCGAACAUGGCGCUUGCAACUACCGAGAAGCUGCUAUAGAAGGUCAGGACUCCAGCUUUGUGAACAUUUGGAGUUGGGUUUCCGAACUGCUGAUAUUUGGAGCAAUUCCACUGAUUGUGUUGUGUUUUAACGCCCUUGUUUUAAAAGAAAUUUGUAAAUUAGCCAAAAAUGGUGUGGUUUCUCGUCAAAGUGGAAGUGCAAGCACAACAGCUUCAACAGUGACUCUUCUCUCAGUGUCAUUCUUCUUAAUCAUUACCCAACUUACUGCAACCAUAGUGGUGUGCUUGCAGACGCUCUUCCCGCACGGCCAUAUCAUCAUGACGGACGACCAAAUUCGAGAAGACCCAACGUGGAGUAAAAUGUUCAGCUAUCUGGAAAGUCGUAAAAUAAUCGAGUGUUUGUGUCUGUCGCAUUACGCUCUGUAUUUUGCUAUAUACUGUCUCACUGGAAAACACUUCAGGAAAGAGGUGUUGUAUAUGUUAACGUGUUGCGGGCGUUUUCGUGCCUUUCAGGAUUCAAUUUCGAGAAAGCACAAUGGCGAGAAAUAUUCCAUGGUAUCCAGUAAUGGCCACCUCAUGUCCGAGACGUGUACAACCACGUUCACAACUAACUUUUGAGCGUCCAUGGCUUACUGACAAUGUCGAUGACACGUGUUUCAAAGGUUUUGAGAUGGUCAGUUUAGACCCUGAACAACCCAGAGAUUAGACCGAAGUAAUUACAUCGGCCAAAAUGUGUGUGUUCGUUUGUGGUUGGUGGUGCCGUGGAUAAUGUGACCGAGCGCGGAUUUCUGGACACAACAGAUGAACCUCGUUAAAACUAAGUCCCUCGUUACACUGGAGAAAUGCGGAAUGCUGAUAUUAGAUAAUCCGAUAAUGAUUCUGCAAUCAAUGAUUUGCGCCAUCUUCAAUGAUAUUUCGAAAUAGAGGCGUUCGAGUUAACGAGGACUGGUGGUACUGUAUAUUAUUACAUGUUGUAAACAUUUUAAAUUGGUAUUUAUUUACUGACUAUUACUCAAACAUGAUUAUAAACUGCCACACGGAUGGAUGUGACUAUGGCUAAAAUGAAACACGAAAUUGUUUAUUGAAUGAUGAUCAUGAUGAAAUUGAUGGUAUCAUCAUUGACAGGUAUCACAGUUGUGUUAUGAACAUUAACUUUGAAAUAUUUCAAGGUGUAAGAUGUAAGAUUUCCUUUUAUCUCGUAAUGUCCGUGACAAAGUGUAACACGAAUAGAAACCGAAUAAUAUGUUACUGCAUAAUCCUCUUGUAUUGCCAAAGCGGUACAGAUGGGAAAAGUAUACGUUACUUCAACAACGAACUAGAUGACAGCUUCCUCGAAAAGAGGACGUCUUGUGUGCAAACAGUACACUAUAGGGCAGUCACAAAAAUACAUGUACUGGAAUAUGCUUAAAUGAUAGCAGGUUUUUACCGCUGGUCGGAGUUCUCAUACUGUAUAUGGUGAAUGUGUUUUAAGGCUAAUCUGACAUUCAUUUCAACACUCAUCACUCAUUUAUGAUUACGUAACUUUUCCAAACAAAGUAAUUAUCAGUAAUUAUCAGAUCAGUAGCUUCGAAAAAAUGUAAUUCAUCAGAGCAACGAUGUUAUGUCUCGGUUGAUCUCUGCAUGUACUUGUAUGGCAAUUACGAUAAGAAGGUCAAUGCAAUUAUUGCAUAUGCUCCAUCAUUGAAGAUACUCAACAUUUUCUUAUGUAAAAGAAAGUUAAAGGACAAUAACCAUAAAGUGUGCAAUGCCGUAACUUUCUAUUACAGGUGGCUGUUUUAUGUUGGUCUUCUGAUACCAACUUUACGUCACAGAGUUACUGUUACCUUCCCAUAGUACUGACAAUUGUCAGUUAAUCCUUAACACACAUCCAUCAAUUUCUGACACCUCGUUAAAAGAAGGUGGAUACAAUGUUUUACAGGUUUCAACUUUAGCAAGAGGACAACUAUAACUCACACCUUGCCCAAUUUCAUUUCUUACACUAUCGGGAGGGGUAUCGAUUUAAAAUCACCUUAUGUAUCUCUAUGUAUGUAUAAAAUACACAUUUUACCGUGGUGUAUAAUGGUGAUAUGGCCGACUAUGUUACAUGCAUAAUCCUAAUAUAUAUAUACUACACCACAUGAAGAAAGUAAUAAUUUCGAUGCCAAUUCAAAACCGGUAGGAUUAGCAGGGGAUGACUUUACGCCCAAUGGAAUUUGUGUCUGAUGAUAGUCAUGACUGGUGAUUCUUUUCAUUGCCGUUUUAACUAUCAUAUACCAGGAAAUAUGGGUAUAUCUGGAAUUUAAGUUCUGAGCCUGAGGGAACAUGUUCAGUAUUGCUUUACAAGAGUCGGAUAAUCUGUAGGUCCGUGUAGAUCGUACUUAUUUCUUUGUAUCAACCAUUGUAUACUGUAUGUGAAAGGUAGAAACAUAUAGGUUUCUUGGUCUCAGGUAGAGGCAUUAUCCAUGGGCCUCUCUGUAAACAAGGAAAACAAACCAAGAAGAGGAACAAAAAUACGAAGCUCUAUGAAGGUCAAUUUGUAUUCUGCAAAGCGAUCAUUGGAUCUGAUAAUAAUUAAUAUGCUCAUCGAAAUACAGAAUGCUCAGUGAGAAUGACUACAAAAUACAAUAUUUUCAUUUGUAUCGGUGAACCUAGUGGUAAUAUUCUACAAUAGUAAAUAUGUGUUGACAUUUUGUACAUCGUUAAGACAUAAAGAAGUGUUGUAAAAGAAUUUAUCAUUUUUCGUGAAACUAUAUUUGCAAAAUUAUUGCUUAUGUAUCUUGUGUUACAUGCUCUAAAAAAUGUAACGGUAUAUGGGAGAAGGUCGAUGCGUCAAAUGAAAUGUUACGUCAGUUAAGACAGUAGUAUGUGACCACGUGUCAUACCUGUAGGCAUGGUGUUCCUCCGUGACCGUAGGACAAAAGUGAUGCAUGUUUUGUCAAUAUUUGCCAGUGUCUCCAAGUCCACUAUAAGAUCAAAGUGGUACAUUUACACAAAUCCUAUCAAUGCUUUGAAUAUAUCUUCCUUUGUAUUUUAUCCUUCCCAUUGUACAAAAUGACAACUUCCUGAUACCUGUGAUAAAUUGUAUGUAUUGUAACCAUUAUCUGAUCAUGUAACUGUCUAAUGUUGAUCUGUAUUCAUUUUGACACAAGUAUCUCGGUGUUCCAAAUAUCAUGAACAUAUACUUACGAAUAUGUAUAUGCAUGUGUCAAUGUGCUGUUGUUCACGUGUACAUAUAUUUCUACAAUAUUCACAACGGCUUACCACAUGAAUUAUGGUAUAUUAUUUAAUAGAUUUCAGUGUUAUACCAUAUAUAUGCUGUAAUUAUUUUCAUACCUGUAUGACGCCGUAUUAAUGAGUAAGACACUAUAUUUUGCUAUGCCAUAUGACACAUAUCAAUAUUUGAACCCGUCAUACUGUAACCGCCGUGCUCAACCUGUACAUACAAAAUAUUUCCUGUAAGAUAUUUCUAUCAUUAUUAUGGUGAUAACAAAGUGGAAUUUAAAAUGCAAUGCAGACGUGCAUCGUUAUAAUGUUACAAUGUUAGAUCAAUAUUUAUCCACUGUUCAUCCAUUGACACCUGCUCUUGUGUAAACGUCUUGUAUCGUGCCAUCUCUCAACCCCUACCUCCCCACGUCCCCUUGUCUUGACUAUAGUUCACCAAAGUGGUAAACAGUUACGAGCGUUGAUCUUCCCUCCGCUACUACGUUAACGUGCCACUAGUUUACUGACAGGAUGGCUUUAAGCACACCCACACUCCCUAUCUACUUCAUGUACCACUUAGAAAGCGUAUUCCUAUUGGUAUCAAUUUCUCGCAACUAACCAGAAACAAGAAGAUCCUAGCGUUCAGCUCUAACAUUUAGGGUGAGGCAUACCGGUGAAUGAACACAACCUUGAUAACAUAUUUCCAUUAUGUCACACCAGAUCACACAUAGCGAAUACACCUGCCAUUGACGUGUGUAUCUUACAUCAGCUUCGUGUAACCGUGAUGUAGACACACGCCAAGGUAGAUACAUAUUUGGACACGAAUACCCUGAUGUGAGCGUCAAAAGAUUCACGUCUCCUACUCAUUCAACAUAGACACUCUUGGCACAAGUAUAUCUUAAUCCAACAACGAUAUAAUGU